AAAUAUAAAAUCGAAACCAAAAUAUAAAAUCCAAACCAAAAUAUAAAGCAGAAUCACUUGUAAAUCGCGAUUUCGGGCCCUUUCAGGGGUGCUGGAUUACUACAGCCGUAGUACAUCAGCAGCUUCCGCAAAAGAGGGCAAGAAAGCGAAUUUCUUCGAAGUCUGUGCGCUGUACGUACCGGUACGUAGGUUUUGUACUGGACCCAGAUCGACCAUGACACCCAGCAGCAGGCAGCAUUUUGAGGUGAACCAAGGAUUGUGUUGUUUCCGCUCAUAGUCCUCUUCAGUUGAGUUUUCUUGUUGUUUCUCUUUCUCUCUUUUGUAAUCACACCAACAAAGCAACCAUGGCAGACUUGAUGUUUUCACUGGGCCAGACCAAGGGCAAGAAAAAGACUGCCAAGAAGGUCAAGGACACCAAGGACUCGUUGAAGGAUGUUAACAUCACCGACACAGUCGAGACCAACAUUCGCAAUGAUCAACACAACCGUGAGAUCCAGUCCAAGGAGACUGCCCGCAAUCAGAUCAAGGAGAACAUGAAUGUAACAAUCACAGACACUGUCGAGGGAGAUAUUCGCAAGGAUCAGCACACUCGUGAAGUCAAGUCCAAGGAGACAGCUCGAAACCAGAUCAAGGAAAACACAAACUUUGAUAUGGCCCGCUCACUCUUUGGAGGUGGCGGCGGCGAGGAAGAAGAGGAGGAGGAAGAAGAAGAGUAA